UUUGCAUUCUGGACGUUAUAACUAGAUCUCCCCCAUCAAACGCGGAUUGUGCAGUCAAGCAGUUUGUCGUGCAACACGACAGAUCGUGGGCAUCCAGCUUGUAAAAACACUAACACAGCUGACCGAUUGUGAACUACAGAGUUUGGAGUUUUAGCGGACAGGGGAUAUAUUUAUUGAAGGAUACACUUUACAAGGAUCAAUCUCCGACUCACCAAUAAUGGAACUAAUUUUCUUCGGUGUAAUAACUGCUAUGGCACUAUUUAGUGUUGAAUGCCACAUAAAUUGGUCGUAUCAGUUUCCAGAAAUAUGCGAAAGGGAAACCUUGAAGCUAAGGUCCAAGGUCAAGGAGUUGGAAGACAAACUGCGUCAAUACCAAAGUGUGGAGAGUAAUGUCGUUUACGGAGGACCAGUGUCCCUACAGAAACGCCCAUACGUGCUCUCUAGUGGACCUUAUGAUGGUGGUGAGUCCGGCUUCCACGUGACCUUGGAUAAACCACAAGAAGUAGAAACCAAAAUGCCUCUUAAGUUUGAUGACGUUGUGACAGACAUAGGCGGGGCCUACGAUAAACAAACUGGGAUCUAUACUGCUCCUGUGGCUGGUACCUACAUGUUUGCACUCAAUGCCGUCUGUGCUGCACGCAACUUUCUGCAUCUGGCCAUCUAUAAAAACAACGCGCCUGCGUUUAAAGUGAUAUGUGAUGAUUUGAAAGGGGAGAUACAGCAUCAAGGCGGUGGCACCACGAUUUUGAGACUGCGAAGAGGUGACAGGAUAUAUGUGACUUUGAUGUUUCCGCUUGGGACUGUUGGUGAAGUCCGAGGUAAUGGGAUGACGUCAUUUUCCGGGUACCUGUUGAAAGAGUUAUAUUAAAUAGAAAAACGUAAAACUAUAUAAUUUCUAUAGUGCUACUUUUUGUGAACGGGUACAUGUGGUGAAUUUAUGUACUUCUUUGAUCAUGAAAUUAAGCUGAAUGCUAAUUAAUAUAAAGAAAUGUAUUGAUUUUUUAUAUUGCAAAAUCAAUAUUUAGCUCAGUAGCAAAAAGUUUAAACAUAAACCCGGUUUAGUGGCACUGAGCAAACGCCAAAGACAUAGAACACAAAAUCACAAACAAGAAACAUAGAAGAACAGCACAAAACUCCACAAACAGCACAACCAACUUUGGCUAAACUACUCGCAAAAGCAAUCGUACGAUUCAUGCUUUAAUAAGAAGUCCCCAGUGAUUCUGUGCCAACACUGUUUCUAUGCCAACACUGUUUCUAUGCCAACACUGUUUCUAUGCCAACACUGUUUCUAUGCCAACAGGCACUAUUGCUAUUGCUACUCAUGAUACAUUCAUUCAUUGCUUUUACAAUUGAAACCUUAAUUGAUGGUUGUAUUAAGCAUUGUAUUCAAAUGAGGUUUUACGACUGAUCCACUGCUUUUAGUUGAAACGGGAGAUGAACACAUUUUUCGAUUGAAGUGACCUGUGAAGUUAUUGCUUUUGUAAUUUGAAAAUAUCGUUGAAGUUUAAAGAAAUCCGUGUAUUGCUGUUGUUUUGUUUGCAUUUAAAGCUGCACUCUCACAGAUAUACCAUUUUAACAACUUUUUUUUUAUUUUUUGUCUUGGAAAGAGCAAAGUUUUGCGUAAAUAUCUGCAAGCCAAUGAUAUAAGAUUGCUGACAAAAAAAAAACAGAUCGUAGAUUUUCAUAUUUCCGUUCGAAAAUUAAUGUUUUAUGGCUUAAACCGUUACUAACGGUUUACGAAAAAUGCAUAAAACAUCAAUUUUUGAAAUUAAAUAUAAACUCUGUGAUCUGAUUUUUGUCAGCAGUCUUAUAUAACUGGUUUCCAUGGACUUUCGCAAAAAUUGGCUCGUUCCAAGACAAAAAAAUAAAAUAAAAGUUGUUUAAACGUUAAAUCUGUGAGAGUGCUGCUUUAAAGUUGGCAAAAAAAAUAUAGAAAAUGUCUUAACCUGGACGUUAAUUUGAUAUGAAAGGAGUUAACCAUUCUCUUUUUGUUUAUUAAUAUUACACGUAUUAGUUUAUAUUUGUCUCAAUGUCCAUAUAAAUAAAUUGUUACAAACUAA